AUGCGCAGUUGUUACAUCCACUCUGGACAGCUGGAGGAGAAAAUGGCAGCGCUCAUGUUAGGACAGCAGGCACGCCAGUUUAGCACGUCAGCCAUAAGGCCUGCAGCUAAACUGGUCAAGCCCCCGAUCCAGGUUUAUGGAGUUGAAGGUCGCUAUGCCACUGCCUUGUUCUCAGCAGCUAGUAAGCAGAACAAACUGGACCAAGUCGAGAAGGAGUUGGGAAAAGUCAAUGCCCUCAUCAAGGAUCCCAAACUUUCAAGUGUGGUCAUGAACCCACAUGUGAAGCGCAGCCUCAAGCAGAAGACUUUUCACGAUGCUCUGGCAAAGGCCAAAGUGUCCCCUAUCACAGUGAACCUCAUCAAUGUUCUGUCAGACAAUGGUCGUCUGACCCUAACGGGUGAUGUCAUCAGUGCUUUCGGCAAGAUGAUGAGUGCACACCGUGGAGAAGUUAUCUGCUCAGUAACCACUGCUCAGCCUUUGGACCAAGCCAGUUUGGCUGAGCUGAAAGUCGCACUCAAUGGAUUUCUUCAGAAGGGUGAGACCAUCAAGCUGGAAACCAAGUCCGAUCCUUCAAUCCUUGGCGGCAUGGUCGUCAGUAUCGGGGACAGAUACGUGGACAUGUCCACAAAGACGAAGAUACAGAAGCUCACCAAACUGAUGAGAGAAUCCUAA